CAGAAAUGCAGAUCGAACCUGAAUUUCGCUGUUGCCUUCUAGUGCAGGAGAAUGAGGCAAAGCCACGUAACACGAUGCGAAACCCUUUCUCUUGGUAAGAGAUGUGGUAUUCUGGAAUCUUUGCAUACUUGAACUACAAAGUCCCACGCACUCGGAAGGUGACCUUUGAAAUCUUAAUCAAUGGUUUACAGAGGCUUGAGUACAGAGGAUAUGAUUCAGCAGGAAUAGCACUUGAUGAAGAUAAUGAAAAAGACCAUAAAAGUGGUGGCAAUAUCUUUCUGUUUAGAAGCAAAGGCAAAGUGAAGGCCCUGGCUGAUGAAAUUUAUAAACAAAAAUUUCUGAACAUUGACAAAGUAUUUGAUGUCCAUUUUGCGAUUGCUCACACUCGCUGGGCAACACAUGGGGUUCCAAAUGAAGUGAACAGUCAUCCCCAACGCUCUGACGAAAGAAAUGAAUUUGUGGUGGUUCAUAAUGGAAUUAUCACAAACUAUAAAGAACUAAGAAAAUACUUGGAGAGUAAAGGUUAUAAGUUUGAAUCUGAGACGGAUACAGAGGUGAUUCCAAAACUAACAAAGUACAUGUAUGACACCAGAGAAGGUGAAGCUGUUAGAUUUUCUACUUUGGUAGAAAGCGUUGUUCAACAGCUGGAAGGAGCAUUUGCAAUUGUCUUCAAGAGCCUUCAUUUUCCCUGCGAAGCCGUUGCUGCGAGGCGAGGAAGCCCACUGCUGAUUGGCGUUUGCAGCAAGUACAAACUCUCCACUGACCAGAUUCCAAUACUCUACCAAACAUAUAAAAAUAUCAAUAAUGGACGUACAAGCAAGACACACCAAACCGAGACAGAAAAUUUUAAGUGCCUGCAUCCAAUUGGAGAGGAUAAAGCUAUUGAAUUUUACUUCGCAUCUGAUGCUAGCGCAAUCAUUGAGCAUACAAACAAAGUCAUAUUUUUGGAAGAUGAUGAUGUUGCUGCAGUGGCUAAUGGUUGCCUUUCCAUUCACCGUAUUGAAAGAUCAGUCAGUGAUUUAACAUCAAGAGCCAUACACACACUGCAAAUGGAAUUGCAUCAAAUAAUGAAAGGUAACUUCAGUACGUUCAUGCAGAAAGAAAUUUUUGAGCAACCAGAAUCUGUUGUUAAUACUUUGCGAGGAAGAGUAAACUUUGAAACAAGCACAGUUAAACUGGGUGGAUUGAAAGACCACCUCAAAGACAUAAAAAGGUGCAGGCGCUUGCUUUUGAUUGGCUGUGGAACUAGUUACCAUUCUGCAGUUGCAACACGUCAAGUAUUGGAAGAACUGACUGAAAUGCCAGUGAUGGUUGAGCUUGCCAGUGAUUUCUUGGACAGAAGUACUCCAGUUUUUAGAGAUGAUGUCUGCUUUUUUAUUAGCCAGUCAGGUGAAACUGCAGAUACUCUCAUGGCACUACAUUACUGUAAGGAUCAUGGUGCUUUGACUAUUGGCAUCACCAAUACGGUUGGAAGCUCUAUUUCCCGAGAAACUGAUUGUGGAAUCCAUCUUAAUGCUGGACCUGAAAUUGGAGUGGCGAGCACAAAGGCCUAUACUAGCCAGUUUAUUUCUUUGAUUAUGUUUGGUCUCAUGAUGUCUCAGGAUCGUAUAUCUAUGAAGCAAAGAAGAAAGGAGAUCAUCGCUGGUCUUCAUAUUCUGCCAAACCUGAUUAAAGAAGUGUUGGCCUUGGAUAAAAACAUUCAGCUCCUCGCCCAUGAGUUGUUCCAACACAAAUCACUCUUAGUCAUGGGUCGUGGAUAUCAUUAUGCUACUUGCCUGGAGGGAGCUUUAAAAAUCAAAGAGAUAACAUACAUGCAUUCUGAGGGGAUUCUGGCUGGAGAGUUAAAACAUGGUCCUUUGGCUUUAAUUGAUGAAAGAAUGCCUAUUAUAAUGAUUGUCAUGAGGGAUCCAUGCUAUAUCAAGUGUCAGAACGCUGUUCAACAAAUUGUUGCACGCCAGGGCCGCCCAAUAAUACUCUGUGCAAAGAAUGAUGAGCAGAUUAGGAAAUCUGCAUACCAAACGAUUGAAAUCCCACAAUCAGUUGACUGUUUGCAGGGUAUUUUGAGUGCAAUUGUUCUUCAACUCCUUUCUUUCCAUCUGGCUGUUCUUCGAGGACAUGAUGUUGACUUUCCUCGAAACCUGGCCAAAUCUGUCACCGUUGAAUGAAGACAAAGUCUUGCAAGCAUUUGAAAAUUGGUGUUUUGAUUGAAAAUUGGUCAAACUUUUGUGGUGUUCUUCAGUUUUUGUUUUCUUCUUAUGCAAUGUGAAAGCUAUAUACAAGUAAAUGAAGUUAUCUAACUGGGACAUGUGCAGAGAUGCAGAUUAUGUUCAAAUGACAGACUUGAUUUCAAACAAUAUAAUGUUCUAUGUAGGUUGGAUUUUAUAUUGUCUAUCAGUUAAAUAAUAACUUUAAUCUUUCUGUUUGGUAAAAGUAGAUACGGUGAUCUUGCUGACUUUAACCAUAAGAUAGUUCCAUUUUGAAUUAUAGGCGGCACGGUGGCAUAGUGGUUAGCACUGCUGGUUCAUGGUGCCAGGAACCUGGGUUCAGUUCCAUCCUCAGGCGACUGUCUGUGUGGAGUUUGCACAUUCUCCCCGUGCCUGCAUGAGUCUCCGUUGGGUGCUCUGAUUUCCUCCCACAAUCUAAAGAUGUGCAGGCUAGGUGGAUUCGCCAUGCUAAAUUGCCCAUAGUGUUCAGGGAUGUGUAGAUUAGGUGGGUUUAUAGGAUGAUGGGUCUGGGUGGGAUGCUGUAAGGUUCAGUGUGGACUUGUUGGGCCAAAUGGCCUGUUUCCACAGUAGGCACUCCAUGUAAUUCUAUAUUUUAAAAAAUUACUCUUAAGUUUGUGAAUGAAAUUAAAGGACAAGAAUAAAAUUACUUUAUAGUUCAUUUUGCAGCUGCAUUUACAUAGAUCAUGCAUUACAGAUCAAGUAUGUAAAACAAAACAAUUAUUAAUAUAAACCUAAUAUUUAUAAAAAUCUAUAUACUGUUUAUGUGAAUUAUUGGUGUUGUGUUUUAUAAUGAAAUCUUUUAGGGUCAGAAUAAAUAAUGACUGACUGUAACAUUUUAACAUCUGCAACUAACAAUAGGUAAAUUAACCAUUGCUUAAGGAAGUUGCAAAGGAAUUGAAACACAUCACAGGCCAUUUGGCCCAUCCUGUCAAUUUUAUCUUCCCAUAGGAUCAGCAGUGCUAAUCCUGCAUAUCUGCACUGUUCCCAUAUCCCUUUCAUCGUUCUUGACACAAGUCUAUUCUUAAACAUUGAUUGACAUAGUUUGUGCAGUAAUGUAUUGCUUAAUCUCUUGCUCACUGUCCGAAGCCUCUUGUACUUAAUCUCAUAUCUAUGUCACCAUGCCCCAUAUUCUGAGAAUCACUUAUUUCCAUCUUCCCUGUCCUAUCUGUUAACAAUUUAAAUAUUUACAUCAAAUCAUUCCAUAAUCUCCUCUUUUAGUGGAAGUGACCUCAAUAUUUGCAAGUCCUGCUUCAUAAUUCCAUUUCCUCAUAUCUCCAGAAACUAAACAGUCUGUGUUGUGCCUCUUCUAUUUCCUAAAUGUUGUUCCAUAGCAUGGAGUCUAAAAACAUGCAGAGUACUCCAUUGUUCAUACUUAACGAUGUUUUAUAUAGAUUCGUCAUUGCAUCUUGACUUUUAUUUGCUCUAACUCUUGUGUCAAAACCCAGCUUUCCAUUACCAUUUUUUACCUUAUUUACCUGAAGUACUGUUUUUAAUCUUUUACAACUCUGAACCCUCAAAUCUCAGAAUUGAAUUUUUUUUGCUUAAGUUGCAUGGGAAGAUGCAAGUGACCCAACAAUGCUGUUUACUUUGAAUACUUGUGCAAGGUUUUACCAUUUGACUAUCUUACCUGAUUUUGGCUCAUGUAUGUGUUUCAUCAGGGGCAGUCUUGUUUCAGAAUUUAGCUUCCUUUUGAUUCAGGAAUAAAUUGGAACCAUCUUGCUUAUCAGA